CACAGACCCCCCUGCCCUCCUGCGUGCAGCCCGCCCCGGACUCCGGCACUCACGCCGCCCGAGCAGCCGGCGCCUCUCACCUCGCCUCCCACCCCGCGGACCAGCCGGCCCGUUAGCGCCUCGGGUGUAGCUGCACCGGCGCCGGCGGCACAGGCGCAGUCGCCGCCUCCCAACCCACGGAUCCCCGGCAUCCGCUCCGGGCUUCCGGGGGAGGCGAGUCCGCAUCUCUGUUGUUGACCGGAGGGGAGGCCCCAGCUCCCCGGCGGUGUCCAGGCCGGGGAGGCCACGCCCGCGCCCGCAGCCCCGGAAGUAGGACUGCACUUCCCGGCCGAGCCCGGGCCGCGGCUUCCCCGCCCGCCCGCCCGCCCGCAGGCCGCUCCCGCAGGCAGUUCCCCGCGUCGGCCCGGCGGGCUCGGGUCGGGGAGGCGUCAUGGAGGCCGAGGACCUCCAGGAAGAGCUGACCUGCCCCAUCUGCCUGGACUUUUUCAAUGACCCGGUGUCCAUCGAGUGCGGCCACAACUUCUGCCGCCGCUGCCUGCGCCGCAGCUGGACGCCGGCCGACGGCCUGUUCCUCUGCCCCGAGUGCCGGCAGCCGUCGUCGCCCGCCGCCCUGCGGCCCAACUGGGCCCUGGCCCGGCUGACGGAGAAGGCGCGGCGCCGGCAGCAGGGCCCCGUGCCCCCCGGGCUGUGCGGCCGCCACUGGGAGCCGCUGCGCCUCUUCUGCGAGGACGACCAGCGGCCCGUGUGCCUGGUGUGCCGGGAGUCCCAGGAGCACCAGGACCACGCCAUGGCGCCCGUGGACGAGGCCUUCGAGAGCUACCGGGAAAAACUUCUUAUGACUCAGUGUAGUCUAACAGCCAAGAUGAAGAAAGCCAUGCAUCUACAGGACAUGGAAGUGAAGAAUGCUACAGAGUGGAAGGACAAGAUGAAGAAUCAGAAAUUGAGAUUCAGUGCAGAAUUUACAAAGCUGCAUGACUUCCUAGCUGAAGAAGAGCAACUGUUUCUUCAGAAGUUGAGCAAAGAAGAAGAAGAGACUAAGAAGAAACGGACUGAGAACACAUUACAGCUCCAUCAGAUAAUCACUUCCUUGAAGAAGCUCAUCUUAGAGGUCGAGGAGAAGAGCCAGAGCUCCAUCCUGGAGUUGCUUCAGAAUCCAAAAGAUCUUUUGACCAGGAGUGAGAACCAAGAUGUAAACUAUUCCCUUGAAGUUCUAGAGGUGAAGACUCUGUGCCAUAUACCAUUGAUGAAGGAAAUGCUGAAGCGAUUCGAAGCUCUCUUUUUCUCUGCAGUGGCUAUCAGUGCAGCUGAAGACACAGGUCAUCCCCACCUUGUCUUCUCCCAGGAAGGGAGGUAUGUGAAAAAUGGAGCACCCGCCAGUUCUAGGCCAUUACUUUCUACAGCAUGGAACUACUUUACUGGAUGGAGGCCUUCUCAGCAGAACACACACUUUGUGGAGAGAUUUCAACACUUACCAUGUGUUUUGGGAAAGAACGUUUUCACUUCAGGGAAACAUUACUGGGAAGUUGAGAACCGAGAUACCCGGGAGAUUGCUGUGGGGGUGUGUCAGGAGGACGUCAUGGGGAUUGUUGAUAACGCAGAAAUGUCUCCUCAUGUGGGCAUCUGGGCUAUUUGUUGGAGUCCUGCUGGCUAUUGGCCCCUAACAGGCUCCCCUGUGAGUCUCACCAAGCUAGAGCCAGCUCUCCACCGGGUAGGCAUUUUCCUAGAUUAUGGGGCUGGAGAUAUCUCAUUCUACAAUGCUGUGGAUGGAGUGCACCUACACACUUUUUCUUGUUCUUUUGUCUCAUGUCUCCGGCCGUUUUUUUGGUUGAGCCCAUUAGCAUCUUUAGUCAUCCCACCAGUGACUGGUGGAAAGUGAUCAUGGCUAUUCUUCCCUGGCCCAAGAAUGCCUACCUAUGUCCCAGGGACACCCAUUUCUUGGCCCUCUUCUUUAACUUCAUAGUGAUCCUUCAUAGUACACCAGUACUAUCCAUUCAGAACUCCAUUUUUGUGUUUUGUUCAUCUCCCUGUAUGUCCUGUAGACAGAUAUGGCUGAUCCUGUUGGUUGCCUUUCUAGCCACUUGCCACACUUCUCAGCUUCUCUUCUGGAUCUUUCUAAUUGAACUGUUUGGUGUCUGCCCUCUAUGUGCUUCAGGAGAAGCAGUCCCAUGUGAGGUAAUUCUGGCCGAUGAGAUAGGUUGGGAAGUUUUCCAAGAUGGGGAAACUUUCUGGGGAAUAUUUUUGUAGCUUCUAAAAAGAGGUAUUUGGAAAGCCACAGCUCUUUUCUGAUAUUAGCAGCUGUCUUGGAACUGAGGAGAGUACAGUAACAGUGGAAAGGAAGAAAAAACAUGGUCUUUGCUGGCAUCAUCAAACUGUUGGCAUUUCCCUAAUCCCAAACUACUUGUUAUCUGAGAUUAUUGCUCCCUUUUUGUAUGAGGCGAUUUUAGUUGCAUUUUGGUUACUUGCCGUCUGAAGUGUUCUAACUGGUGCUAUAGGCACAUAGCGUGGACAUCCCACCGUUGAGGCUUAUCUCAUUUUUUUCUGAAACUUGACAAAUGUAUGGAAUCCACAUUCACUUCAAUUGCGUAAUUCCUCUUUCCAGUAAGUACUAUAUCCUUCACUUUUCUGUAUCAGAAAACUGAGGCAGUCUUCUCUGACUCUGCCCAUGUUACUACUCUCUUCACCUGACCAGGUCUCAGCCGUCAAGUGUUGAUUAUGCUGUCUCUCUGUUAAAAUCAUAGGUUGUAUAUACAAGUUUAUUAAUAUAGUGGAAAUGUUGAAAAACUUUUAAGUAUUUACACUGUGCUAGCCUCUUCACAUAAUGCUUUCAUAUGGAGAUUAAAGUCCUAUUUUUACAAGUGAGAAAACAAACCUUUAGAGUAACUCACUAAUUAUUGCUUAACUGGCAAAUGGGAGUGUUGGGAUUAAAUUUAGAUCUGUUUGAGAUGAAAGCCACACUUUUUUCUACUCUGCAUUUAUUUGUAAGUAUUUAUUGAAUGCAGAGUAGGUCAGCAUACAUUUGUUUCUUAUUUUCUUACAUGUUUUUAUCCUAUAUAUGUGUUUUUCUCUUUAACUUUAUACUCUCAAUUGUAAGCACAAAAGAGGAUUGUGGAAGUUACUGGAUAGUUAUUUUAAAAAUAAUGAUUGUUGCUCUCGUUAUAAAAGUUGUGCACUACUUAUAGAAAAUUUGGAAUGUACAAAGUGUGUAAAGAAAGUCAUCAGUGGUCCCACCAUUACUAACAUGUUAAUGUAUUUUCUCCUAGAUUUUCAAUAGAUUUUCUGGCAGUGAUUUAACAAGGCUUCUUUCAAAACUUCUAGCACCCUUCCUAACUCCUCUCCCCCUUCCUGUGGCCCAGCCCAUUCUGGCUUAUCUUCCUAUUCAGCCAGGCCAAUAAGAUUUCAUUUAAUGAUUUCUGCUGAGUUCUCCUUAACUAUCCAAGUUACUUGAGGUUAUGAGUUGAAUGUGUCCUCCAAAAAGAUAUGUUGAAGUCCUACCCGUGAGUAUGACCUUAUUGGGAAAUUAAGUUGAAAUCAUUAGGGUGGGACUAACCCAAUGUGACUGGUAUUAUAACUAGAGGGAAAUUUGUAAACACAUACACACACACAUGAAAUGCCAUGUGAAGACAUGGAAGAUGGCUAUAGGAGAGAUUGGAAUUAUCAAACCAAGGAAUGCCUGGGCUGCUAGAAGCUGGGAAAGGAAGGAAGAAUCCUCCUCUAGAAGCUUCCAAGAGAGCAGGGUCCUGCCCACACCUCAAUUUUUGGACUUCUGGCCUCCAUACUGUGAGACAAUAAAUUUCUGUGGUUUUAAGGCAA